AUGGAAUGCGACUGCGACGGCUCCGGUCCCGUGCUGUUCCACGAGUCGUCGUGCUUUCCUCCCCCUUUUGAUCUGAACUGCCGGGCUUCGCCAAACGAUGAAACGACGACAUUUCCGGUGUACAGGCAGCCCCUCGUUCUCCCCUCCUCCACCGCCGGCGGGAAACGCCGCAGAGGCUCGAAGACACCCGACGACGGCCCCCCCCCAGGGGCCACACGGGUGAAGAAGGCUUGCGUCUGCCUCUGCAGCCACUCGCACUCGCCUUUCUCCCCCUCAUCCGAACAAACAAUCACAAAGCAGCAGGUGUACGCGUGUUCUUCUGCUGCAAGGACAAAGCAGCAGCACCAGCAGCAGCACCAGCAGCAGCACCAGCAGCAGCACCAGCAGCAGGGAGAAGAAGCAUCGUUGCUAGCUGCUGUGGACUGCGCGCCACCGCCAGCUACAACAGCAGCACGGAGCUCGCCUUCGUCUGCUUAUUUUGCAGCAAAUGAAUUUCUUCUUCACUCACACCACCAAAGGCUGGAACGACAGCAGCAGCGAGCAGCACGAGCCCUGAUCAGCAGCAGCAGCAGCAGCAGCAGCAGCAACAGCAGGGAGAGCUUUGGUUCCUCUUGUCUUAUGUCUCGCGGUGUAUAUACAGCUCGCCCCACUGAGAGCUUAACCGAGUCAGCAGAACACCACACAAACGCCCGCUUUCUUUUCUCCUCCUCAGGGGGUAGAUGCGGCUCUAUAAGCGGUGGUGAUAGGCUUGAGGGGCCGGUCGCUGCAUGCACAGAGUUAAGAAUGAAUAGUAUAGAACAAAUACCAGCAGGAGGAGCUGCAGGAGCUGCAGCAACAGAAUUCAGGUGUAUAGACACCGCAACAAACGCAGCGCAGCGUCAGGCGCCACACGCCGACUCUCUUUAUAAUAACGUGAAUGCAUUCAUCAAGCAGAUGCAGUUUACCUAG